UCUGCCAAUCAAGUUGCCCCAUAAACUCAAGGAGCCAGAGUGAUUGGUGUAUCUUUAUUCUCUCCCAGCUCAGAAGGGAAAUAAAAAUUCCGUCUUUGAAAAAAAAAAUGAAGGAAAGAAAGAAAGAAAACAGGGGGUUUGUUUUGAAUAUAAAUAGGUGCAAGUUGCCCUGCACCAUGUGUUUUCAGUUUCUUCCCUUUUAUAUACACCCAGGGAAUUAACAACAAAGAACAGAAGUAAGAUGUGGUUAAGGAAUCAAAACUAAGAGGGAUUGACUUGUCUUGGCGGAGAGAGAGAGAGAGAGAGAGAGAGAGAGAGAGAGAGAGAGAGAGAGAUGAAGAAGAAGUGUGAGCUUUGUGAUUCUGCAGCAAAGAUGUAUUGUGAAUCAGAUCAGGCUAGCCUGUGUUGGGAGUGUGACAUCAAGGUUCAUGCUGCAAACUUCCUGGUGGCUAAGCAUUCAAGGACUCUGCUUUGCCAUGUCUGUCAAUCUCCAACCCCCUGGACUGGCUCCGGACUCAACCUCGGCCCUACAGUUUCGGUUUGCGAGAAAUGCAUUCAUACUUCUAACCAGGAACCCAGAAAUGAAGAAAAUGAUGAACAAGAAGAAGAUGAUGAUCAUGACCAUGAUCAUGAUGAUAGAGAUGAUGGAGAAAAUAACCCUGAAGAAGAAGAUGAUGGUGAUGAUGAUGAUGGGGAUCGGGAUGAUGAUGAUGAUGAAGAAAAUCAAGUUGUUCCAUGGUCUCCUCCACCAGUCUCAUCAAGUUCUUUAAGUAGCAGUGAAGAAUGUUUCAGUGAAAGCCUCUCCAAAUCAACAACAGCAUUUUCGUGUAAGCGCAUGCGCUCCUGCAAUUCACACUCGAAUUUUCAGCAGAACAACGAGGGCCUCAAUUGGGACAAAAGGACCCGAAGAGAACCCAUAUGACCAGAUCAAGCAAUGUUGAAGUGAAACCGAUUUCAAGAAAAAAAAAAAUCAAGGCAAGAACAAGUUUAAGACCAUCAUUGGUUUCUGCAAAUCUAGCUGUUAAUGAAGGCUUUAAAGAUUAAGAGUCACACAGUUUCAGGUGAAUUUUCUCAUCUUUAAGGCCAUUGUGAGUUUUGUGACUUCAAAUUUCAAUUGGAUCCUCACAAGUCUCACCAUUACUCUUGUAAUGUAAGCAGAUUGUGCUGUAUAAACCCAAUAUUAUUCUCUGUUUUUUCUGUA